AUGUUCAAGGAGCGGCUAGAACGGUUCCCCUCAUUAUUCCUAUAUUUUGUGGUGCGCCUUGAAAGCAUUUUCCGGUUUUCGAGGCUUCAGAAGCAUAUACUAAAAUUCGGGCUAUUGAUUGUCUUGUGGCUGCUUUUGGUGGCCGCCCUAAUUCGUUAUUCCCUCCAGUAUCAUGUCGAUCCUCCGACCGAGUCAAGCACCAACAACGAAACGAACCAAGUGCUUCCAACUCAGGCCUGGGUCUCUUUAUUUCCACGAAAUAUAUGGCAAAUAUAUCUCAGCCCGCCGGAUGUCAGCACAAACAAUUUUGAAGUGAACCCUAAGCAACUAUCAGAUGUCGUCUCUUGGCUGGCUCAUAACCGCGACUUCGAAUACACCUUGGUUGGAGACGAAGGAGCAGAAGCACUCGUGCGCCAGCACUUUCAGGAAAAUCCAACUUUGUUGAGAAUCUUCAAAGAGCUCAAGAACACCGGAAUGAAGUCAGACCUGCUGAGGUACCUGAUUUUAUCAGUCAAAGGCGGUGUCUAUUCGGAUCUCGAUACCGUUAACUUGAAGUCCAUUGAUUUGUGGGUACCUGAAAAAUAUCAGAAACACGCUCGAGUUGUUCUAGGGAUUGAAUUUGAUCGCCUUGAUGGGCCUAACUGGGGCGAGGUUCAUCCCGAUAUGCAAUUUUGCCAGUGGACCAUUGCUGCAACUCCUGGGCAUCCCCUCUUCAGCUACAUGCUAGAUUGGGUUGUGACCACCCUGAAAAACUUCACAACUGCAAGAAAAACAACAUUCUCGGACCUCCAUGUCAGUUCAUCGGAAGUCAUGAAAUUGACUGGACCAUCUGCUUGGACAGAUGGCGUCUUUCGACAAUUGCAGCAGUAUGAGCCGGACCUGAUAUCGUUGAGCAACUUGAGUGGAUUGUCGGAACCGAGGCUUGUGGGCGAUAUCUUGAUACUGCCAAUCGAUGGGUUUGGGAUGGGCCAGUCACAUUCCAACAGUACAAAUGACGGAUCGAUUCCAGAGGAGGCAUUCGUACAGCAUAAAUUUCGAGGAUCGUGGAGGCAUGACAAGAGGUCAAACUAG